ACAAAUGCACACCACUUAGUUCCAUUUUCUGUAAACUAAACAUAAAUCUUACACCUCAAAAUAUUAAAUUAUUUUUUGUAAAAAAAAUCAAAACUUUUUUUUUUAAAAAAAAAAAAUUAACCAAAUUUAAUGAUUCUUCCUCCAUUGUUUCAUUUUCUUUUCAUCAUUAACCCAAAAACACCUUAAACUUUCAUUAAACUUCAAUUCCCUUACAAAACAAAGAAACAAACAAAAAUGGCAAAUAAUCCACCAGUGAAAUGUUUGAGUUUUGAUUCAAGAUAUCUUGAUGAAAACAAGAACAAAGAUGAGAAAGAUAUUGGGAAAUCAUUUAGUUUUGCUUCUCGAACAACAUCAGAUUUUAAUAAUGAUAAUAGUAAUAGUCAUAAAUCACCAAAGCCUUUCACCAUUGAUGAAGGUGAUGAAGGAGAAGAAGACGAAGAAGAGGAGGAAAUAAAGGAAUUAUCCCUUGAUGAACUUUGUGAAGAUGUUCAAGAGUUCAUAGUUUGUAUUUCAUCAUCAUCUAAUAAUAAUGAUAAUGAUGAUCCACCUGAAAUCUCAAAUGUAGUGGCUAAAUUUCUUAAGAAGGUGGAAUGUAAGAUUGAAGAAUAUGAAUCUACGUCGCAGGAUUCAAUGGUUUUUGGUCGUGAUGUUGUAGGUGAUGCUUGUUUUAUAGCUGCAGUGAAUAGAUUGUCAGGGCUAAUGGAGGCAUUGCAAGGAUUAAAAUCCAACUAUACAAUGCCAUUGUUGAAUCAGACAAGCUCUGUCCUACACCGAGCAAUGGUGUUCUUAGAGGAGGAGCUUCGUCUGAUUCUUGAAGAAUCGUCGUGCCAGAAUUUGAACAAUGUAGGAGAUGGUUCGAAUUCUAAGCACGUAGAUUCUUCGUUGAAGAGCCUCAAGGUGAGGAUACAGUCGUUUGCAGCUCACCAUCAUGAGGAGGAAGGAGACUCGUGCGAGAUACAACAAGUGCAAGAUGGUGGUGGAGAUACAGAAUCAGAAGAAAAAAAACAAGAUGGGAAGGCUGAAUUGGUUACUUCCUUCCCAUUUUUUUCUUCUAACUCUGUAUCAAGCAUUUGCCUCAUAGCCAAUGCUAUGAUCACGGCUGGCUAUGAGGCGGAAUGCUGCAAUGUAUUCCUCCUUACAAGGAGAUAUGCUUUCGAGGAAGAGUUGAAACGACAAGGUUUGGAGAAGGUUAGCACAGAUGAUGUUGUGAAGAUGAAUUGGGAGUCUCUUGAAGGUGAGAUCUCUACAUGGAUUCGAGUCUUGAAACAUUGCACGAGUACCCUCCUUCCAGGGGAACAAUCCUUCUACGAGUCUGUUUUCUCUGAUCACUUAUCGACCUGCAAUGUCCUUUAUAGUGAUCUCUCCUACGCGGUCUUCUCCAUCCUUGUCAGCUUUGCGGAGGCUGUCUCCAUGACCAAGCGAGCCACAGAAAAAUUGUUCAAGUUUCUUGAUAUGUAUGAGACCCUACGUGACACAAUCCCUUGGCUAGAGGAUAAAAAAUCCAUGUAUUCCUCGAAAGAGAUGGUGGAGGAAGAAUUGAAAUUGGAGUUGUCCUUCGCAAAGAGUAGGCUAGGAGAGGCCGCGGUGUCCAUCUUUUGUCAGCUCGAAAACUCCAUCAAGGGCGAUAACACCAAGACUCCGGUGGCUAGUGGUGCGGUCCAUCCUUUAACAAGGUACACUAUGAAUUACCUUAAAUACGCUUGUGAAUACAAGGAUACACUAGAACAAGUCUUUCAACAACACCUAAGAACAGAACAAACAGAGGAAUAUUCAGCAUUCAACUCAUCAUCACAACAUCACAAUGUAAUAGAACACCAAAAUCAACAAGGAAAUAAACACUCACCAUUCGCCUCCCAAUUAAUAACCAUUAUGGAUUUACUAGACUCUUACCUCGAGUCUAAGUCCAAGCUAUAUAAAGACCUAUCCUUAAGGUACAUAUUCUUGAUGAACAAUGGAAGAUAUAUGCUGCAAAAGAUCAAAGGUUCGAGCGAAAUUCACCAAGUUGUCGGAGAUAAUUGGUAUAGGAAACGUUCCUCAGAUGUUAGGCACUACCACAAGAGCUACCAAAGGGAAACUUGGAGCAGGGUGUUACAAUGUCUUAACCAAGAAGGUUUGCAAGUUAAUGGGAAAAUACACAAGCCAAUAUUAAAGGAAAGGUUCAAAAACUUUAACCAAUUGUUUGAUGAGAUUCAUAGGACACAAAGCACAUGGGUGGUGAGCGACGAGCAGCUUCAGUCGGAGCUUCGAGUUUCGAUUUCUGCAGUUAUGAUCCCGGCCUAUCGAUCCUUUGUCGCCAGGUUUGGACAGAUUUUUACUCCGGGAAGGCAAGUAGAGAAGUAUAUUAAGUUUCAACCUGAUGAUAUUGAGACAAUUAUUGAAGAGUUAUUUGAUGGAAAUCCUAUUUCCAUGGCUAGGAGAAAAAUAUAGGGGAACAUUCAUAUCUUUUUAUUACAAACUAGGAUGAGUUUUCAUGUCUUAUUCAACUCAAACUCUUGUAUUAUUCUUAUUCAGUAAUUUGGGUGCGUUUUUACAUUCCAUGCUCAUUACUCAUUACUCAUUACAUUACUUAUUAGUGUAAUUCAUAAAAA